AGUUAUCAGAAAUACACUGCACUUUCAAGACUAUUUUCGUGGUGGAAAGGGCGAGAGUGAAACGAUGCCAAAACUGAAGAAAAGAAAGUUUUUGGGCGCAAUAAAGAAGUAUUCAAGAAAAAGGAAAUACGGAUUGUCAUCAGCUGUCAACAAUGAUCCAGAUCAUAAUGAUGUAUCACUUCCUGUCAACGUUGUAUCACUUCCUGUCUCACUUCCUGUCAAUGUUGUUCUAGACCAAGGUGAUACCUGCAUGUCACCUCCUGAUCACAGUGAAACCUGCACGGCAACUGGCGAUGUCAACCUUGACCAUAGUUAUACUUGCAUGCCAUCACCUGUCAACGUGAGUCUUGAGCACAAAGAUACCACCACAUCAUUACCCAUCAACGUGGACGUCAGAUCUGACCAUAGUUAUACAUCUACACCAUGUAACAUCUCAUCAUCUUUCUCUAACUUUGAUCAUGAUUAUGUGUCAUAUCGUGUGCCUGAAGUAUCUGCUGCCUUCAACCCUGAUGAGCACCCACAAGAACUUCCCAAAUUUGAAAGACUUCAGGAAGACAUGCAGUUUAAACUGUGUUCUCCAUAUGUGCCAGUGUUAAGAGAGGAUAACAUAGAAAUUUUGGAACUUUACAAGGCUGGGGGAAUGACAACCAUUAAACUUUCAAUCAGUAUUGACAGAACGUACAAGGCCACUAUACAUGUGCAUAGAAAAAAACUGGCUCAGGAUCAUUAUUUGUGGAAUGACCUUCCAGAAGUGUUCGAUUCAUACACGAAAGUACAACAGCUGUUAAAUAGGUUGAACAAAUUUGUUGUUUGUUUAGGGAACCCGGAUGAAGAGUUUCAGGAUUUGGUUUCAAUUGGUUGUGCGUUAACGGCAGGUAAAUCUUCUGAAAUUCAUGCUUACCGAGAAGGUGACUUCUGUGCCGAGUUAGGUAAUCUAACAUAUAAUUCUUCCAUCAGGACAGUAAAUUGUGCAAUGUUAGUGGAAGGACGUAGAUGUAAUAGUUGUGCUUCCUAUCGAAGAUGUUUACGGGCCAGAAAACAGCGUCUUGUGGAAAAAUCUGAACAUGCAAACAAGGAUCUUAUUCACAGUAGUUAUAAGCAUACAGACAUGAAUAGGAAAAUGCUCAUUUCAAAAAUUCAACAACAGCAGUUGUGUAUGAAAAGUUUACAAGACACCAUUGACAAGCAAAAGAGAGACAUCGACAAGUAGAUUUUGCAGUGUGGAAUAAGAGUGCCAGAUCACCGAUAUAUACAUCUCUGAUAAUAAUGAUAAUU